AUGUCCGACACUCCCACUCCCACUCCCACCACCACGACAGCUCCCGAUGCCCCCCUCUUCUUCACGGGCCCCAUCGAGGCCGCCGUCACAGCGUCAAUCACUCAGGGCCUCCCGCUCGCUUGCUUCAUAGCCGACGACGGCGCGGUGAGCUCGACAUGGCAGGACGAGUACAUGCAGGACGAGGAGGUGCUGCCGUUGCUGCGGAGCCGGUGCGUGCUGCUGAGGCUGCAGGCGGGGUCGGUGGAGGCGGGUUUUUUGGCGGCGUUUUGCCCGAUACAGGCCGUGCCGUAUCUGGUUGUUGUCAAGAAUGGAGCGAUGGUGGCAAAUGUUGCGGCUGGAGCGACAAGAGACGAGUUUAUGGAUGGGAUUAAGGCAGCCCUGACAGAGACUGAGACCCCCGAAGAUGUUCCUGCUGCCGUCGCUGCCACCGCCGCUGCCCCAGCUCCAGCCCCAGCUUCAGUUAACCUCCCGCAGCCCAUCACCGCCGCCGCCGCCGCUGCCUCUGCCGUACCCACGACUGUAGUACCCCCACAACCCUCCACCUCCCCCGCACCACCCUCCUCCGCCCGCCGCGACUCCACCACUCCCGCUGCCGCUGCCGCCCGCCGCGGCUCCACAACCCCCGCCCCCAGCUCCUCCUCCCGCCGCGAAUCCUCCGCCGGCCACCUCGCCUACCUCGAGCAGCAGCGCAAGCGCCAGCUCGCCGCCGCCGAAGACCGCAAACGCGUCCUGCAACUCCUCGAAAACGACAAAAUCGAGCGGCGCCAACGCGCCUCCACCACCACCACCGCACCCACACCACCCACUACCACGAGCACACCACCACCCCCGCGCUCAACACCGGCAGAAACAGCACUCUCCUUCCGCCUCCUCGACGGCUCAUCCCUCAAGUCGCGCUUCCCCUCCACCGCCACACUCGCCACAGACGUGCGCGCAUGGCUCGACGCCCACAGAACAGACAACAGCGACCACCCCUACAGCUUCCUGCAGAUCCUGGCGCCAGCGCCGAAUAAGCAGCUCUCGCUCAGCGACGAGGGGAGCACCCUCAUCGAGCUUGGCCUCGCGCCGACGGCGACGCUCGUCUUGGUCCCCGCGCAGAGCUAUGUCAGCGCGUAUAGCGGCGGCGGGGCCAGCAGCGAGGUCGGGCUGCUGGGCAGGGCGUAUGGUCUGAUUUAUGGCGCGGUUUCGACGGUGCUGGGCGUGGGGUAUCCGGCGCGUGCGCCGGUGGCUGUGCAGGCUGCGCCGGUGGAGGCGACGACGACGACGGCGGGGAGGGAUAGGGAGAGGGAGAGGGAGCGGGAGAGGGAGAGGGAGAGGGAGGCGAGGGUGGGGGCGACGUUGGGGCGUGCGGGGAGGAGUGAGGUGAGGGAGGGGCAGGGGCAGGGGAGUGUUAGUAGGGCGAGUAGUGCGAAUGGCAGGAUUCGGACGCUGUAUGAUGCGCCGGAGGGGGAGGGGGGAAGGAGGAGGUGGGGAGGAAGUACUAUAAUGGGAAUCAGCUGGAUUUUGAGCCGAAGAGGGAUGAGAAGGGGAAGGAGAGGAAGGAGUGAGUGA